ACAUACCCCUCUGUGGAAACAAUAUAAAAGCUUUGUGUGUUUCUAAUAGGAUUAGAGUGAAAGCAGAAGAGCAGAAGCAGUUUGCAAUGGCACAGGAUAAGGAGCCGAAGUGUGGAGACCUCAUUGAAAUCUCCCGAGGCCUAUAUAAGCACUGGGCUCUUUAUGUUGGUGAUGAACAUGUGAUUCACCUGACCUCUGAGAAUGGCAGUGCUGGAGCCAGCAGUGCGAAGUCAGUAGGGCAAAACAAGGCCAUAGUGAAGAGAGAAACACUUAAUGAUGUGGUAAAACAAGACAACUGGAAAAUCAGGAAUCAUCUGGAUGAGAAAUAUGAGCCAUAUAAGAAAGAAGAUAUUGUAGAGAAAGCAGAAAAGCUUGUGGGAAGGGAAAUUGAAUAUAAUGUGUUUACUAAGAACUGUGAGCACUUUGUGACGCUGUUAAGAUACGGAGAGCCACAAUCCCAGCAGGCGCAAGACCUAGUGUACGGUCUUAUUGUUGGUGCUAUUGUUGCCAUAGUUGGCGUUGGAUUCAUUGCUCAUGCCACUUCAAAAGACAAAGAAAAGGAGAAAGAUAAACAUGGAAAAAGGAAAUGAAGAAAUAAGAGCACAAUUGUGGAGGCCUUGGAUUAAAGUCAGUAAAUGUAUGGUGAAUCUGAUCAAAUUUAAAUAAUUUUAAUAAACACAGGCACAAGUGGCA